AUGCCUCGGAUCAUUCUCGCCAUCAAUGCAGGAUCCUCCUCUGUCAAGGUCUCCGUCUACUCGUACGAGGGCUCCUCAGAACCAAAAGAACUAGCAGGCAUCCAAGUCUCCGGGCUGACCGCGCCUCCAUCAAAACUGAAAUACGAUCGCGGCGACCAACACAUCAAAGACCAAGAAUUGCCGUCAGACGUCAAAGGCCAGGAAGGGGCUUUCCAAUACAUCAUCAAACAUCUUACCUCCGACUCUGGCCUCGACGCUCUCAGCCAUCCCGACGACAUCGAAUUCGCCUGCCACAGAAUCGUUCAUGGAGGAGACUACGACCGUCCGACCCGAAUCGAUAAGGAUACCUAUCACCACUUGGAAGCACUAUCCGACCUCGCACCCCUCCACAACGCAGGCGCCCUGACCAUCGUCAAAGCCACGUAUAACCAAUGUCCCAAAGCAACCAACAUAGCCUUUUUCGACUCUUCUUUCCACGCCACAAUCCCCCGCCCCUUGCGAACCUACGCCAUCGACCCCAAAAUCGCCAAACACAAUAAACUCCGCAAAUAUGGCUUUCACGGGCUCUCCUAUGCCUUCAUCGCCCGCUCCGUCGCUUCGUUCCUGCACAAACCGUUGGAGGAAACCAAUCUCAUCGCCCUCCACCUCGGCUCCGGAGCUUCCUGUACCGCCAUCCGGGGCGGCAAGUCCCUGGAUACAUCCAUGGGCCUCACGCCCCUCGCCGGCCUCCCCGGCGCCACGCGCUCCGGCGACGUGGACCCCUCCCUCAUCUUCCACUUCACCUCCGACGCGGGCAAGUUAUCCCCCACUUCCACAAAGGACAUGUCCAUCACGCAGGCGGAAGAGAUUCUCAACAAGAAAUCCGGCUGGUCCGUGCUAACGGGCACCACGGACUUUGGGAACAUUUCCCAGCGAGCGGAGCAAGGGGACGACGAGGCAUGCACGCUUGCUUUUGACCUGUUUGUCGAUCGCAUCCUGGGCUUCGUAGGGUCUUACUAUGUGAAAUUGGGCGGGAAGGUGGAUGGGUUGGCUUUUGCCGGGGGCAUUGGCGAGAAGGGGGUUCAGUUGAGGAAGGCGGUGCUGGAUAAGGUGGCAUGUCUGGGGUUUGAAUUGGAUGAGGGGAGGAAUGCGAAGCCGGAUGAUGGGAUGGUGGCGGAUAUUGGGACGCGGGGGAGCAGGCAUCGAGUGCUGGUCUGUCAGACUGACGAAGAGGUUGAAAUGGCGAUGCAGUGUGCAAAGCAGGCGGACGAGCUGCGAAGGCAAUAG